AAGGUGCAAUUAGAAAAAGUUAGAAGUUGGAAGGUGAUAACGUCUGGGCACAUUUGUGUGUUUUGUUGAGUGGCACCAAAAAGUUCCAUGGCAGCAAAACUUGUACUCUCUCCUCUCUCUCUUCCCUGGAGUUUACAGAGUGGGCAGAAACCGCAUGUAUGUCUUCGAACAAAACCCAGAAACCGCCUCACCGUUAAAGCCUAUAACGAUGUGCUUUUCAGUGCUGCUAGUGCUACUCCUCUACUUCAUCAAGAAAACCCUUCUUCUCUCUUCUCACUUGCAGCAGCAGCAGCAGAUGCUGGUUAUUCGUUGGCUAGCUACUACACUUCUCUAGGUCUCUUUGUCAUCUCUGUUCCUGGUCUUUGGUCCCUUAUUAAACGAUCUGUUAAAUCCAAGAUUGUGCAGAAGACAUUUGUUAAGCAAGGGAUAGAUGAGGGAAAGAAAGCUGCUAACCAGGUUGCUGGGGAAAUUCUUUCCUUCUUCACUCGAAAUAAUUUCGCUGUGUUGGAUAGAGGAGAGACUAUAACGUUUGAGGGAAUGAUGGUUCCAAGCCGAGGACAAGCAGCAUUGUUAACUUUCUGCACGUGUGUAAGCUUGGGAAGUGUUGCCCUAGUUCUUACUAUAACAGUUCCAGAUGUAGGCAAUAAUUGGUUCUGGAUUAUUGCCUUAAGUCCGUUAGCGGGUGUAUAUUAUUGGACUCGAGCAUCCAGAAAGGAGCAGAUCAAGGUGAAAAUGAUUGUAGCAGAUGAUGGAAGCUUGUCGGAAAUUGUUGUUCAAGGUGAUGACCAAGAAGUAGAGAAAAUGCGGAAGGAGCUACAGCUGAGUGAAAAAGGCAUGGUUUAUGUUAAGGGCUUACUUGAAAGGUGAUAUAACUUGGUUUUCUUGUAAGAUAUAUAUGUCUGAAACUUACUCCUCCAUGAUGCUUGGUCAACAACAUUCUUAUGUUGUAACCUGGAAAGUUCUAAGAAGCUGUAAAUUAAUCGCACAUGCAUAUAUUAGUCAGAAGUUCUUGUGCAAUA